UUAGAGCAAAGAUGUUUCUGAACAAUAUACAGUUAUGUGUAAUUCUUUUAUUUCCUUUGACAGAAUUUGAAGUUAACUUUACAACUACAUCAGACCAGUAUGGCAUUAACAGAAAAUCAGUAUUGUGUAAAGUAUCUGACUAAAGUGGUCAAAUCACAGGAGAGAGAAAUACAGUCAACAGAAAGAAUGAUUAACAGCCUGUUACAUCUGGUUAGACAGCAAAAUUUGAUCAUCAAAGGAUCUGGUAUGUUGACCUCUGACCUGGAAGGUGAAUAUCAACAGAUCCAGAGCAUGGCUGAAGGGAGGGAAGUGUCAUUUGCUGAUCAAACAUUCACAGCUGGAAACCAGCCAUUUUGUCUAUCUGGUCUCCUAGACUUCAAAAGUUUGCCUUCAGAGUAUAUUAUGGGAUUAGAAAAAAGUACAGCAUCUGAAUCAUUAUUGUGCAAUAAAGAGACUGGACAUGUAAGUUCAUUAAAACAUUCGACGGAAACAGAAAGUGAAGGAAAUUCCUACAGCUACAAGUCAACAUCAACAGCUGGUCAUACACCAUUUCCAAAUAAAUCUCAUCCUUCAAGGGAGACAACUGUGAUAUGUAACCAGACAAAUGAUGCAAACAUUGCUCCAGUUGUGCCAGAGAGACUGGUUUCUUGUAUAAAAAGUGCAGAAAUAACUGCUUCUUCUACAACAUGUUCUAUUUUAACAGUAGAAUCUAGUGUAGAUAAACAAAAUUUGAAAUUAAGCAAUCAUAUGCUUCAAAAUGCUUUAAGAUUAGAAAAUAAAUCAUUAAAUUUGGUAAAAAACAGUGAUGUCUGUCAUACCAGUCAGUCUCUUGAUUCAACUUUUACUUUGGAGGAAAAUAAAUCAGAUGAACAAAACUCUACUUUCACAUUGAUGGAUACCAGUGACAAGGAUCCAGAAAUUAUAGCAAGGACACCAGUUAUUGCUGACAAAUUUUCAAGGUCAUUUAAUUAUGACCAAAAUAACUCUAGUGUGCCAAUUGUUGAUACAAAACAGUUUGUAAAUAAUACUAGUACUAAUGUACAAAGUAGUCUGUGUCAGAAUACUGAUAGUGCUAUUAAUAUGAUGCCACAUGUUGCCGCUUUGAGUGUCUGUGAUUCCACUGUCUCUGUAAGCAAUCAAUGCUGUCAGAAGUCUACAAUGCUGUCUCCUAAUAGUGUAAACAUUUCACAUUCAAAUUCCAGUGUGACUGCUAUACAAUCUCAGAGUAAUGGAAUGAUUGAACUGCAAUCUCAGUAUCAACCAGUGUGUGACAGUUCUGCUCUCCAGUCACAGAACAAUAUAACAGGAAGUACAUGUGUGGUGCAAUCUAAUAACAAUGCAAAUGUUAGUUUACCAAUAUCAAACAUUCAAGUCUCACAAGAGAGAUGUAGUCUACAAAAUAGGUCGCCUAGUCAUCAUUCUAGCUUAACCAAUGCAAUGAGAAAAACACCUGUUGCACCUGUCUUUUUAUCUAGAACAAGUCAGUCAAAUAGUAUUAACACAGAUACAUUAGAAUCAGCAGGUCAUGAACCAUCAGAUUUGCAAGAUGAUGGAUCCUCAAGCAUGUCAAGUGAUAGUAAAAGUCAUGCUGUAAGAUCAAUAACAUUUGGUGGUUUACCAUGUACACCAGAUUCUGUUCGGAAAGCACGUAGCUAUGCAGAAGUUCUUCAGUCACCACAAGUAGUAAGGACUCCACUGAGAGAAAUGAAUAACAACACACCACUUAGUGAACAGAAUCAGAGGCAAAGUCUAGGCAGUAAAAUGAUGAUGAAGAAAGAGAAUUUGUUUGAGGAUAACAGUGAAGAGAUCAAGAAAACAUGUAAGAAACUGAACGAGCUUGGAUUACCUUCUCUGAUGGAAAGAUGGCAUACUGAUCCCAGAAAACCAAGAAAUCAACAAACACAACAGCCAAGCUACAUGCAACCAACAAAAGCUGCAAGAUAUAGAACUAAAAUAAAACAUAUAAAUAAUGAAAAUCUUGAACCCUCAAGAGUACCAACAGGCAACCAGUGCAUUAAAAACAGGAAUUUUAAAAGAAGUCAGUCAGUAUCCAAUGUAAAACCUGGUUGGCAGAUAUGAUAGUGAACUCACAUAUAUUUAUUUGCAUUAAACAGAAAUGAACAAGAUGCCAGAUUUAUUUCACAGUGGAUAUAUAAAUAUUUCAUUCAUUUGAACAAAACAACUAAAUGAAAGAUAAUAUAUAAGUAAUUGUAGUCUUAAACCAUACCACAGUUAAUUUUGUUCUUUGGAUUUUUCUACAUAGAAUUUGUGCAAUGUUUUGAUUACAAGAAAAACAGUGUAUUAAUCCCUUACAAAGGACCUUUGAGGUUCAAAACUUUUAUGAACAAACAUUUAUGCAUUUGUUUCAUUAGCAAUAUUUUAUGGAUAGCUGCUUAGUGGAAGUUUACAACUGUUUCCUGUUGAGAUAUCUUUCAAAAUCCCUCUUUAAUUUUGAGCAACCACCAAUGUAAAUUAUUAACUAGAAAACAUUCUUAUGUCUCAGAAAAAAAGGAUAGAUUAUGUACUAGAAAUUGUAGUCUUUUACCUAUACCACAGUGGGUUUUCUAAUUUCUUUUUUCUUUUUGUUCUAAUUAUUUUUCUGAAUCAUAUUUGUGCAAAGUUUUCAAUUACAAAAUAAAAAAUCUCUACCAUGAUAUUGCAGUUUCAAUAAAUGAUUGAAAAUCUAUAUUUUUUUACACUAAGUUCUGUUCCAUUUAAUGUUUAUUUUAGCUCUGUCAACCAUUGUGUACAGUUUAUGGACUCAUUCUUUUAGAAAAGUAUUUUAAUUUUGCUAAGGAUUUAAAAAAAUAUUUAUGUGCAUGAAUUAGAUUUCAUUUUUGUAAUGUGUUAAAAUAAUAUAUUACAUUUUUUUCACUUCGUACUAUUUUAAGGUAUAUACCGAGGAUUUAAAUAAAGCAAAAAAUGAAAAUUUAUUUGAAACAAAAUUGAUAUGAUCAUUAUAGUUACUGUUUAUUCAAAAUUUUAUGUGUUUAAAGGGUUUAUUAAUUACUGAGAAUUUUCAAUAAAGGACAAUGAUGCAAAAUUUAAUUAAUACAGUUCAUCUUCAUAUUGUACAUUUAGUAGAAUGUUACUGUCAAAAAUAAACAUGCAGGAUUUAAUUAUUGGGAUUUUUUACUCUCUGAAGCAUUGCAUGAAUGUCAGAAAUUACCAGUACUGUAUGACAGAGGUAAAACUUUGUCAAAAAUAUAAUAAUAUUUUUGUAAGUUGUAAUUAACAGACUAUAGUUAUUCAAAUGCCUGUAGAAAUGUAAAGUAGAAAAUAGAAAUGCUAUAAUGAUAUAUAAUUUUCAAUGUUCAUUGAAAACUGUCAAUACAAAAUAUGGCAUUGAGAUUGAAUAACAGAAAUCUUCUGAAUUUGUAAAUUAUUUUAUUGAAGGUUUGAACUUGUUUUAAAUUUUAUAAUUAUGUCUAUGAAACUAGUUAACAGUAAUUUUAUCUGUUGAGGUAUUUCUUUGAAUGAACUGAUGUAUUCAAAUAAAACAAUUGUCAUUGUCUCACAUGUUAAAGACUAUUGCAUAAGAUAAGACACAGGUAAUGCAUGAAAGAACAUUCAAUAAGAUAGAGGCAAAAGAUACCAAAGCAACAUUAAAACUCAUAAAUCAAAAAUUAACUGACAACGCCAUGGCUGAAAAAGAAAACACCAACAGACAACAGUACACACAACACAACAAAGAAAGCUAAAGACUGAGCAACACGAACCCCACCAAAAACUGUGGGUGAUCUCGGGUGCUCCGGAAGGGUAAGCAGAUCCUUCUCCACAUCAAUAAAUAUCAAUACAGUAAAAACUCUAAUCUUUAGAAUAACAACAUUAUAAAUAACAAAAGCACAAUUACAAACUAAACAAUAUUAUACUAUAUCAAAGAAUGCUAGCUGUUGCUGACAGCAACUUGCUUAUAGGAAAUUAUGUCAGCUACGCUCUAAUAUAUUAUGCUGUACUUCAAAGAAGAUUUCAUACAGCAAGCUGUCCUGGAAAAAAUAACAAUACCGAACUCCAAGGAAAAUUCAAAACGGAAAGUCCCUUAUCAAAUAGCAAAAUGAAAACAUCAUUUUGUGCAACGGCCAGAACAAACUACUGGAUCAAUAAGUCUAGUUGGACAAAAAGACUGAUUUGAGAGACAACCUGUAAAGCUUUAAUAGUAUUACUGUAAAAAGCUUGGUGUAACACAUCACUUUUAUUUAUUUUCUUGCAGAUGGUUCAUAUGCAUGCUUUCACAAGAACUUUCUAUAUUUGUGAAAUAAUUUAGUAUAAAAAGUUAUUGUCCAAUUUAUGAUGUAGAUUUGUUUAGUAAUGAAAAUACGUAUUAAAAUCUGAGAUGUUGCUGCAAAUAUAAAAUGCUUUAUAUGUAAUAAUAAAAACAGAAGACAUAGACAA